GCCUAUUUACAUCUUACUUGCCCACCUCUCGUCAACCCAUAUUGUCUUACUGUUCUCGUCAGCUCGUCUCUGCCACUAAAGAUACUAACUUGGACUGGCUCUUGGGAAAAUAUGUAUCUGCAGAAAAACUCCAAAGAGUCAAGUUGCUUUUCGAAAUUGAAAGGAUGAAUUCUCUCAUAAAAAUCGAAAAAAAUAAUUCUCUAAUCAAAGACAAAGAGGUUGCAAUUAAAGACAAAGAGAUUGAAAUUGCGAAAAUAGAUAAGGCUCUAACUGUGACUAAGAACAAUAUGGGUUAUUUGAAUCUAAAUUAUCUCAGAUUAAAAGGAGCUGUACACCAUAGAGGUGUCUUUG